CCAAGAUGGUGGCGGGGGGGAUGUGCCUGUGUGGGCUGAUCAGGUUGCUGUGCUCGUUGCUAAUCCCUGCGUUGUUUCUAAGUGGGAUUUUGUGUGUGUGCCUGGUGCUGCUCCUGUGGGGAACACGGCUCUGGAUACAGCAGAGGAAGAAAAAGCUGAUCUCAGAAGGGAAGGAUGGGAGGCCACCACUGCUGGUGGCUUUUUUUCACCCCUAUUGCAACGCGGGUGGUGGAGGGGAGAGAGUCCUGUGGUGUGCCAUCAGAACACUCCAGAAAAAGUACAGGAAUGUAAGGUGUGUUGUCUACACUGGUGACAGAGGUGCCACUGGAGAAGAAAUAGUGGAGGCUGCUUUCAGGAGGUUCAAUAUCAAGUUAACUCACCCUGUGAAGUUUGUGUUUCUAGACAAACGCCACCUUGUGGAGGCUUCUCGUUACCCUCACUUCACCUUGCUGGGCCAGAGUUUAGGGUCAGUGUUCCUUGGCUGGGAAGCUCUGCUGAAAUGCGUUCCUGAUGUUUACCUUGACUCCAUGGGUUAUGCCUUCACGCUUCCCCUCUUCAAAUACCUGGGAGGUUGCCGUGUGGGCUGCUACGUCCACUACCCCACCGUCAGCACCGAUAUGCUUUCUGUGGUUAGGAAUCAGGACACUCGCUUCAACAACGCAGCCUUCAUCACCAGCAGCCCUCUCUUCAGCAAGUUGAAACUCCUCUACUACUACUUCUUCGCUUUCCUGUAUGGCUUGGUUGGUUCCUGCAGUGAUGUGAUAAUGGUCAAUUCCUCUUGGACGCUGAAUCACAUCCUUGCCCUCUGGAGAGCCGGGGCGCGCACCAGUGUUGUGUAUCCGCCGUGCGACGUGCAGACCUUCCUGGAUCUCCCGCUGGAAGAGGAGAAGAGCACCACUGAGUAUUCCAUUGUUUCUGUCAGCCAGUUCAGGCCUGAAAAAGAUCAUCCUUUGCAGAUCAGAGCCUUUGCUAAGUUGCUGAAAGAGAGGAGCCUGGGGCAGCAGCCGCAGCUGAAGCUUGUUUUGAUCGGAGGCUGCCGGAACCAGCAAGACGAAGAGCGUGUCGAGAACCUUCGGCGUCUUUGUGAAGAGCUGGGAGUUAGCAAUGCUGUGACCUUCAGAAUAAACAUUCCCUUUGAGGAGCUAAAGAGACACCUGGCUGAGGCCACCAUUGGCCUGCACACCAUGUGGAAUGAGCACUUUGGGAUAGGAGUCGUUGAGUGUAUGGCAGCUGGCACAGUGGUCCUGGCUCACAAUUCUGGAGGCCCCAAGUUAGACAUUGUGGUACCCUAUGAAGGACAGAGGACAGGCUUCCUAGCAGAAAGCAUGGACAGUUAUGCAGAGAUGAUGGCUCAUAUCCUCUCCUUGUCUCCUGAGAGAAGGCUGGAGAUCCGGGAGAACGCUCGGCGCUCCGUGCGCAGGUUUGCUGACCAGCACUUUGAGGAGACGUUCCUGGCAGCUGUGGAACCCUUGUUCAAACAAGUGUGCAUGAAUAAAAAUGGACAGCAAUAG